CGCAGGGAGAACGCUAGGAGCUCUUUGGACGGUGAGUCGUUCAAAAGAAGCGACGCUAGUAAAGCGUCGCUGAGCGAAGGGAACGCGUGUAGCCACGCGCGCGCCGAAAAGAGAAGAUAAAGGCGAGUUCUCGGUGGAAUGAGUGGCGCCUCUGGCUGGCUAACGGUGGCUGGAACUGGUCGCAACUUCCACAGGACGGGGUGGAGGAGAGCCAGCAAAACAUCUCUGAUUUCAUUCUUGCUGUUCUUCGACUCAGCCUUGUUGCCUCGCCCGGUGUUGUCGCAGGGAGUAUGAAAGUUCCGCUUUCGCCCCAGCCCCGAAGCAGCGGCUCUAGCCGAUUACUAUUUCCUCUGGACAGGAGGAACGGCCGCUAUUGCUCACUGCGGUGAGAACUGGUGAGGUGGCCGGCAGCGCCUGAAGUCGAGGAGAGGCACAGGCUCUAUCUGUGGCGUUAUUUGUCCGGCCCUGAGGGGCGCUCCUAGCCUUCUAUGCUGUGUCUCACUGUUCCUGCUGUCGAGCCUCGUGAAGGGAUUCUGCAAAGGCGAAACCCGAUAAGACAUUGUCAUCCUCGGUUACUCCUCCAACUAAACUUUCUCUAACUGUAGAGUUUUUUCUUCCCCCAGAACUUGGAUUGCAAUCCCUGGAUUCUUUGUACGGAAUUUGUAUGUUUCGGCGGCUCAUGAUGACAAUGUUUUGUUCCUCAAAGACUGGUGUUAGUUUAUAGUUAGUUAGUUUAUAAUCAGUUAUCUUUGGUGAAGGAAGGAAAACAAGACAUUCCUCCACCCCCUUUCUGAUGUGCAGAAAACUUUCUGUUUUAUUACAAUUUCUUGAGAAAUUGUGAACCCUUUACACAGAAUUCUCAAGAGCAGGAAAGUUUGGGUCGAAUAUACAAUGGAGCAUGGCAAAAUGGAUUAUUUCUGUGAACAAGUACAACAAAAAGAUGUGGGCUGCAGGUUGCAAGUUGGCCAAGAAUUUCUGGAAUAUUUGAAUGAUCCCAGCAUUUCUACUGAUCUUGAGCAGGAUCAGCAACGCCUUGAUAAAGUAAUCGAUGAAUUAACAAGAUGGGUUAACUCUAGUAAUUAUAAGGUAUCAUUACUUGGAUUAGAACUUCUAGGUGCCCUUGGUGAAAGACUAUUAGGAUGUUUCAGAACCUAUGUAGGAACUGUUCUCGUAGCAUUGAUGGAUCGAAUGGGAGAUGCCAAAGACCACGUUCGAGAACAGGCACAAAAACUGAUUUUGAAGUUAAUGGACCAAGUAGCUCCACCAAUGUUCAUUUGGGAGCGGCUUGCUGCUGGCUUUAAACACAAGAACUAUCGUUCACGAGAAGGCGUGUGUCUGUGUCUUGUUGCAACAUUGAAUGCUUAUGGUGCACACUCACUAAUUCUCAGCAAACUGGUUCCACACUUAUGUCUUUUGUCUGGAGACUCCAGUAGUCAGGUGAGAGACGCUGCAAUUUUGGCACUUAUGGAGAUUUACAAACAUGUAGGAGAAAAAGUAAGAGUGGAUCUUAACAAGAGAGGAAUUCCUGCUGCAAGAUUGCAAACAAUAUUUAUGAAAUUUGAUGAAGUAAAAAAUAAUGACAGUAUGAUUUCAAGCAGUAUCAGUGAUAAAAACUUUGACGAUGAAGAAUCAGUGGAUGGAAAUAGGCCAUCUGCAACUGCCUCAGGUUUCAAGGUCCCUACACCUAAAAAACCUGGAAAUCCUUCAAAUACAACAAGAAAGCCAGGAUCUGCUGGUGGGCCGAAGGUUGUAGGCACUACCAAGGAAGGAGGAGCUGGUGCUGUUGAUGAAGAUGAUUUCAUAAAGGCAUUUACAGAUGUUCCUGCUGUACAGAUUUAUUCUAGUCGUGAACUUGAAGAAACACUAAAUAAAAUCAGGGAAAUCUUGUCAGAUGAUAAACAUGAUUGGGAUCAGCGCACUAAUGCGCUUAAGAAGGUCAGGUCAUUACUUGUUGCUGGAGCUGCGCAAUAUGAUGGCUUUUUCCAGCAUUUACGACUAUUGGAUGGAGCAUUUAAAUUAUCUGCUAAAGAUCUCAGAUCACAGGUGGUUAGAGAAGCAUGCAUCACAGUAGCCCAUCUUUCUACAGUUCUGGGAAACAAAUUUGACCAUGGAGCAGAAGCCAUUGUGCCUACUCUAUUUAAUCUGGUCCCUAAUAGCGCCAAAGUAAUGGCUACUUCUGGAUGUGCAGCCAUUAGAUUUAUUAUCCGUCAUACACAUGUGCCAAGGCUCAUACCUUUAAUAACCAGCAACUGUACCUCAAAAUCUGUGGCAGUAAGGAGGCGUUCUUUUGAAUUUCUAGACCUAUUGUUGCAAGAAUGGCAAACCCAUUCUUUGGAAAGGCAUGCAGUUGUUCUGCUUGAAACUAUCAAGAAGGGCAUUCAUGAUGCUGAUGCUGAGGCAAGAGUGGAGGCACGAAAGACUUAUCUAGGCCUAAGAAAUCAUUUUCCUGGUGAGGCAGAAGUUCUGUAUAAUAGUCUUGAACCAUCCUAUCAAAGAAGUCUCCAGACUUACUUAAAGAAUUCUGGUAGCAUUGCAUCACUUCCACAAUCAGACAGGUCAUCUUCCAGCUCACAAGAAAGUCUAAAUCGUCCCUUUUCUUCAAAAUGGUCCACCUCCAGUUCUGCAAGUAUGGCUAACAGAGUUUCAAGUGGCAGCAAAGCUGCUCCGACCCUAGGAACACUGCAGAGGUCUUGCAGUGACAUUGAUGUUAAUGCUGCCUCUGGGGCAAAGGCACGUCAUGCUAUCAGUCAGCCAUCGGGAACUGGUCGCUUAGCAACUGCUGGUCUACCUCCAGGAUCAUAUGCUUCACUAGAGGAUACUUCUGAUAAGAUGGAUGGAACAGCUUCUGAAGAUGGACGUGUGCGAACCAAGCUUUCAACACCCUCUAUUGGAGUGGGAAAUUCAAAGGCAGAUUCCAGGGGCCGGAGUCGAACAAAAGUUGUGUCUCAAUCUCAACGUUCAUCAUCGCCAGACAAAAAUGAAGGAUCACAGUCUGCUAAUCCAGAGUCUGGUGCUGGAAGCCGUUCUGGUUCUCCUGGAAGAGUUUUGACUACAACUACACUUUCAACUAUGAAUAGAGUAUUAGUCAGCCCUGCAACAGCACAAAAACGGAGCAAGAUUCCUCGAAGCCAAGGAUGCAGCAGAGAAGCAAGUCCUUCAAGAUUGUCUGUUGCUCGAGGUAGUCGCAUUCCUCGACCUAGUGUGAGUCAGGGAUGCAGUCGGGAAGCCAGUCGGGAAAGUAGCAGGGAUACAAGCCCUGUCCGCUCUUUUGCACCCCUUGCUUCCAGGCAUCACUCCAGAUCUACUGGUGCUCUCUACUCUCCAGAUGUUUAUGGGGCUACAGGUUUUGGAAUUAGUCAAUCAAGCCGAUUGUCUUCAUCAGUUAGUGCCAUGCGUGUCUUAAACACAGGCUCAGAUGUUGAAGAAGCAGUAGCAGAUGCUUUGCUGUUAGGAGACAUUCGGACAAAGAAAAAGCCAGUUCGAAGGAGGUAUGAAUCUUAUGGAAUGUACUCUGAUGAUGAUGCUAACAGUGAUGCUUCCAGUGCCUGCUCAGAAAGAUCCUAUAGCUCACGAAAUGGCACAAUACCCACCUACAUGCGACAGACAGAAGAUGUCGCUGAGGUCCUUAACCGCUGUGCAAGUUCCAACUGGUCAGAGAGAAAAGAAGGUCUUCUUGGUCUACAAAAUUUAUUAAAAAAUCAGAGGACAUUAAGUCGUGUUGAAUUAAAAAGAUUGUGUGAAAUCUUCACGAGGAUGUUUGCUGAUCCUCAUAGCAAGGUGUUCAGCAUGUUUUUGGAAACAUUAGUAGAUUUUAUUCAAGUUCAAAAAGAAGAUCUACAGGAUUGGCUAUUUGUGCUGCUGACCCAGCUUCUGAAAAAAAUGGGAGCUGACUUGUUGGGAUCUGUGCAAGCAAAAGUUCAGAAGGCUUUAGAUGUGACAAGGGAAUCAUUUCCAAAUGAUCUUCAGUUCAGUAUUUUAAUGCGGUUUACUGUUGAUCAGACCCAAACACCAAGUCUGAAGACAGUCAAGCCAGCAUUGCAGGACCAGCUUCGUUCUUUCUGGAGCUCCAAGGUGAAAGUUGCAAUCCUUAAAUACAUAGAGACACUUGCACAACAGAUGGACCCAGGAGAUUUUGUAAAUUCAAGUGAAACUCGUCUGGCUGUAUCUCGAAUUAUUACUUGGACAACAGAACCCAAAAGUUCAGAUGUUAGGAAGGCUGCGCAAUCAGUGCUGAUUUCUCUUUUUGAACUCAAUACCCCUGAAUUUACAAUGUUGUUGGGUGCUUUACCAAAAACAUUUCAAGAUGGUGCCACAAAGUUGCUUCACAGUCACCUUCGGAAUACAGGCAAUGGGGGACAGGGGCCCACGGGAAGCCCAUUAUCAAGGCCUGUUCCACGCUCACCAGCUAGUUGGUCUAGCCCCAUCACUUCACCAACCAAUACAUCCCAGAACACAUUAUCACCAAGUGCAUUUGAUUACGAUUCUGAAAAUAUGAAUUCAGAAGAUAUAUAUAGUUCUCUCCGUGGAGUGACUGAAGCAAUUCAGAACUUUAGCUUCCGCAGUCAGGAAGAUAUGAAUGAACCUUUGAAACGGGAUUCAAAAAAAGAAGAUGGUGAUUCAAUUUGCAGUGGGUCUGGAAUAGUAGAUCUACGAACAGGAACUGGUGUGACUGAUACAGGCCGAACAGUUCUUGACAACAAAACCACAUUGCUUAACACUAUGCCUCCUCAUUCCUCCCCACGGUCACGUGAUUAUAAUCCAUACAAUUAUUCUGAUAGUGUUGGUUCUUUUAAUAAAUCAGCUUUAAAAGAGGCUAUGUUUGAUGAUGAUGCAGAUCAGUUUCCUGAUGAACCUUCCCUGGACCAUUCUGAUCUAGUCGCAGAAUUGCUAAAGGAAUUAUCAAACCAUAAUGAGAGAGCUGAAGAACGGAAAACUGCUCUUUAUGAGCUAAUGAAAUUGACUCAGGAGGAGUCUUUUGGUGUUUGGGAUGAGCACUUCAAAACAAUUCUUCUUUUGUUACUUGAAACUCUUGGCGACAAAGAGCAUGCAAUUAGAGCCCUGGCACUGAAAGUCUUAAGAGAGAUUUUAAGACAUCAACCAGCAAGGUUUAGAAAUUAUGCAGAACUCACAAUAAUGAAGACUUUAGAAGCUCAUAAGGACCCUCAUAAGGAGGUGGUAAGAUCAGCUGAAGAGGCUGCUACUAUGCUGGCCACAUCUAUUAGUCCAGAUCAGUGCAUCAAAGUACUUUGUCCCAUCAUUCAAACAGCAGAUUAUCCUAUAAAUCUGGCUGCAAUCAAAAUGCAGACCAAAGUUAUUGAAAGAGUACCUAAAGAAAUUCUUGCUCAGCUUUUGCCAGAGAUAGUGCCAGGUUUAAUACAGGGUUAUGAUAACUCUGAAAGCAGCGUUCGAAAGGCAUGUGUCUUCUGCCUUGUAGCUAUUCAUGCAGUAAUUGGUGAUGAGCUGAAGCCACAUCUUAAUCAACUCACUGGCAGCAAAAUGAAAUUGUUGAAUCUUUAUAUCAAGCGUGCACAAACAGGAUCUGGAACAGGUGAUGCCUCAGCAGAUGUUCCAGGACAAAGCUAAUAAUCCUGAAAUCCAUCUUUUAACUAAGAGGAAAGACACAUCAAUAAAAGGAAAAUUCUCAAAUGCAUUUUUGGAGCUUUUCUCCCUCUCAAUCUUUUUCCCCCUAAUGAAGGGCUGCUCAGCCUGCAUAUGACUGUUCCAGUAAUUCCAUAUCCAAGGGAAAAGACAGUAUUAAUAUCACUUGACUGAAGCAAAUUAUUUUUUUUAACUAACACAUCGUGUUUUCUGUUUGCACUCGUCUGUGUGUCUUUCCAUUGAUGUUUAUCAGUGUUAAUGUACAUUUUCAUUUUUCAAAAAAACUAAUUAAAAGGAAUGCUUUCAAGUCUAAAUUUCCUCAUUUUUGCUCAACUGCAAAGUAACAUGGCUUUUCCUUCCUGGUUUUAAUAAUCAUUUUUGCGGAGGGAUGCUUCUGCUUGGAUGCACAAAGUGGGAAGACAGAGAAUGUUGGAUUGAGAUGAACUGCAACUAGACCAGUCUCUAUACCGAAGAUACAUCUUUAUAUAUUAUCAUAAUGCCAAUAAUAUGAGCAGAAAGCAGUGUCCUUUUUUUUUUUAAUUUGAUUUAUAUGCCUAUAGUCUUCUCCGGAGACUCAGGGCGGCUUAUAAUGCGUUAAGCAAUAGCCUUCAUUCUUUUGUAUAUUUAUGCAAAGUCAUCUUAUUGCCCCCACAAACUGGGUCCUCAUUUUACCUACCUUAGAAAGGAUGGAAGGCUGAAUCAACCUUGAGCCUGGUGAGAUUCGAACUUACAGUAAUUGCAGACAGCUGGUGUUAGUCACAAUGCUUUUAGUCUGUUGAGCGACCAGGCCCAUAAAGUUUGAUUGAUCAACCAUUGAAUGUUUGUCGUAUAAACAAAAAUUCAAUGCAUAUUAGGAGGACAACUCUGUCCUCCUAUAUGGAAAUCUAUAUAGAAUAUAGUAUUGCAAAACUGGAUAGUAUAGCAUCUUGCUUUCCUAGAUCAGGGUAAGCAAAAUCACUUAAUGGAUAUGAAUCACCUGUAUCAUCUUCAAGCAAGAUGGUUCAGAAUAGAAUGCUUUGUAUAAGCAUGCUUGGUAUGUCUACCAUUUGUCAGUAGAAUACUUCCUCUCAGCCUAAUUAUUGAAACCAAUACUUCUGUUAAUCCCAUUCACAUAAGAAUAUAUGACAGUACUGCAGGAAACUACCACAAUGAUACGUUGCAAGAUUGGAGAUUGGUGCGCUGAUUAUUUUAAAGAUAGGGGAUGGGAAAACUCAUGUAUUACAGAUCUUAAAACCACUCGUUUGGGAGUUUAAUUUGAGUUGGAAAGUGGCCCUAAAUUCAUUGCAUGGUUAUUUUGAGAUUAUGUUGAACUGGUGUUAUUGCAGCCAUCUGGACUAUAAGAUAUGGCGAUGUUUUCAGGUUGUUUCUGUAACAUUUUAAAAAGUUUAUUGUGAAUAAUGCAUCCUUAUAUUUAUGGAAUGAAUAGUCAAAGAGAGAAUGAAAAUAAAUCUAUUUCUGUUUCUCAGACAAAAAUACUAAGAGUCUUAGCUGGGGGAUGAGAAUAAGAUCUGUAUGCAUCUCACAAUACCUAGAAUAACUCUUUGUUAAAUUAUCUUGUUUUAGGGAUUGUGUAUUUACAGGAGAGAUUAUAGCAGUGCCAAGGAUGAUAGGUUUUUCUGCUAGACUAAGAUUCUCUCUACCUCUUCAGGGUGAAUACUUUUGACUAAGCUGCUAUCCAUAAUGUCUUGUGAAAAACAUUGUCUAUAAAAUAAUUAUUUUUAUUUUAUUUUUCUUCUUUUGCUACUACAAUAUAUGUUUAGAGUCUAAUAUCUUAACAUGCAGCCAAAUACUGUUUUUAAAAGAAUUAAUAUCACAAUUUGCUUAUUACUUUGUAAUUAACAGAAUACUUGCAGCUAUCUAAUAAGAAUUGACUUUUAUCAGAAAUUAUUCUGACUGGAAAAUAUAAAAUGUAAUUAUUGAAAAUGCAAUUUGCUGUUGCAAAAAGCUAUUUGAGGAAAAAACUUUAGAAAUAAAUAUAAGGGGGAAAUUACAUUAUUCAUCACUGGCUUUUUUAGCAGCUGCAAAUCAGGAAAAUAGUCGUUUCUUCCUCAUUCUCUUAUGCGUAACAUUCUUUUUAUUACUGUUCAAGUACAUUGUGUAUUUAUAGUACACUGCUUACCAUUGUGGAUAUACAGGCAAUAAAGUGUAUAUAGCAUUACUUGAAAAAUUAAA